CCUAGCCCACGGAUACCGCCUCAAGUGGCGAUCAAAAAGUAAACAAACAAGCGGGAGGGUGUGGGAAAGGGCGCGUGGGAAAGGGUGAGAGACUGAAAGAGAGAGGUGGUAGUGAGUCUGGUGACGGCCGGUUCGUGAAGUCAGUAAAUGUUCGUCCGUCUUUUCUACCUUAGCUCGCUCUGCCAAGCGGGAUGAACUUGCGGUUGUGGUAAUUAAGAGCAAAAAAAAAUGGGAAACCGUGAACCUGGACGGUGUAUAUGGGAGUGAAUCAUCGAAGACAGUGUGGCAAAAACCGGAUGAGGAGGAGGAAGCCGGGAGAUGUGUGAAUGGAAAGGCUUUUGAGAGCGUUAUCGCGAAGAGAACGCAGUCUAUGGUCGAACGAAGUGCUGCUGGGAUCUGGGUUGCCCUCUGACGAGUCCGUUUAGGACAGGUCGAGGCGGGUCGGAUAAGAUCUGAUAGAAGUGGUUUGUGCGGGAGAGACUCGACAGAGUCAGGACGGCGUGGAGGAGCGGCCACGGUUAGGUAACAGGGCAGAGCAGACUAGCUGCUGACUGAUAUUGUCUUCCGAACAACAACGCUAUUGAUGAAAUGUGUAAUGAUGAGAAACACAUCGGUUCCGAAUUGCAGGGAAGGAGGAGGAGGAGGAGGCGCAGACUUUGGACAGAAGAGCCGCGUAUGAUCGAUCACCUCUGUAGUCAGAGAGCUUUCGACGGGUGGAGAAGACAGUGCAUAUAUAGAUAUAGAUAUUGUGUAAGUUAGCAUAAGGCUUUGGCGGCAAGUGUUGUUGAUUAGAUACGGAAGAGAUGCGAAUCUGCCGCAUUGAGCGGGUGGUAGCUUGUUGAAGUUGAGAGAUGAUGGGUGUGCUAGGCUCUCGCAUGUAUUACGUUUUGAUUAGGCAUUGAUUUGUGUGUGUGUGUGUGUGUGUGUGUGUGAGAGAGAGAGAGAGAGAGAGAGAGAGAGAGAGAGAGAGAGAGAGAGAGAGAGAGAGGGUUUCGGAAGGCGGCAUUUUUGAUUAACUGAAACGUUUUUUAAGUGGCUUUUGGUGUAUUUAUGUAUAUUUGUCUACUGUUAGUUGUGUCAGUGAUGUGUCGUCAUGUACUGCGCGCCAAUGCUUGAAGUAAGCGAGGAGAGGACCAUCGUGACAAGGCGGGUGAGAUAUGACGCGGGAGAACUCGUAAAGAUUUGCGCUAGCUUCACGCUGGCAUUUGUAAAUGAUCGAUCUGCGGAUUCAUGAUGGUGGAUUUGUUAACUUGAGCAGGACGCGGUGACUGAUUGGGCGAGGCUUGUUGAUUCGGUCACGACCUGUGCCUCUAGCCUUGGGCCUCUCUUUGACAGUUGGUCUUGGAUUAUCUCUAGUAUUUGAGAGCGAGCAAGCGGACCGAUUGCACUGAAGGACUCAGGGGAAACGCGGGAAGAGGGUGUGUGCCGGGAGAGAGAGACAGAGAGAGAGAGAGAGAGAGAGAGAGAGAGAGAGAGAGAGAGAGAGAGAGAGAGAGAGAGAGAGAGAGGAAGUUUUAUUUGGGAGGAAUACUGAAAGGUUAUUGUGGAUGGGCGCAGGUGUUAGGGAGUCGUUUGUAGUUGAGGUGUCCGGCAUUCUAUUUUGAUUAGUAAACCGGCCUUCAGAUUCAUCCACGCGCGCGCGCGCGCAUAGGCACAGAUACAGAGAGACACACACACACACAGAGAGAGAGAGAGAGAGAGAGAGAGAGAGAACACCCUCCGACUUGGGGUUUCUCUCCCGUUGUUCUCGUCCUUUUAUCUAUUGCCUGGUGUUCCUCGCUGUGCUGGAAAAACGGGUCUAUACAAGUCGAUAACGAACGGCGGAAAGAGGAGACUUGGGUGGAAGUAAAGGGUGGGGAAGGGGGGGAGAUAUAUAUAUAUAUAUAUAUAGAGAGAGAGAGAGAGAGAGAGAGAGAGAGAGAGAGAGAGAGAGAGAGAGAUGGGGAGCGAAGAAGCUGCGGCUAAUCUGCCCUCGAGUGAUGAUCUCUCGGGUAAUGCAGUGCGUUGCCGAGGUGCGGCGAUGGCAGCUGACGUGGCAUCUGCGUCGAAUGACGUCUCACCAUCGUCUAAGGACAUGAUGCCCGAGUGUCCUGUCUGUGGAGACAUUUAUUCCGACGAGGAGAAUACUCCCAGGAUGCUUCCAUGUGGGCAUACCAUUUGUCAGAUCUGCGUGACUAAGCUUCCGAUCCAGUUCUCUCCCAGCAGCGGUGGUCGAUUUAUCAAGUGCCCUGAAUGUCGAAGUCGUGUUCUUUGGCGGGGCAUGCAGUCUCUUCCCAAGAAUUACGCCCUGAUCAGGCUUCUAGGUUCCGAAGCCCAUCAUCACUCGGAGGCUGUCCGCUGCGGCGAAGCCACUGGGCGGAGGGCCAAGAUCGUCUCCGUUCUCGGGCUUCUGGAGAUUCUCAGAGCAUGCGCCUUGGCCCUCACGAUGAGGUGCUGGACACACUUGUCUUUUCCGCGCAUGUUGCGCCGCGUCAAAUGGCUGGUGCAACUGACUUCAGUUCUGUGCGGGUCCUUUGUCGGCUUGAUGAUCUUCCUCCCGCUUUGCUUCGUCUAUGUCAUGAUUGGUUGGUGGACCGCUUGGCUCUCUUGCCUUGUGUUCUGGUGGCUUGCCGUCGGAGUCGUUGGGUACUCUGUCGGGAUCGCAUUCGUCUUUCUCUGCGUUUGUUGGAUCGAGUUGUUGAGCGGAAGAGUGUUCGGUAUCCGGUUCACGUGAUCGCCUGGGGGAGAAAUUGGGAAGAGAUGGAUGGAAGAGAGAUUUGCUUUCCUCCCGCGGAUUAGGGGAACGAUGUCCUGUCACUAGGGGAAGAUUUGGUAGAUGCGAGCGGAGAGCGGAGACGUCGGCGGGUUUUUCGUUCUUUUCGAAUUUUUAUUCUUCUCUUUCUGUUGGGUGCCAAUCUGCCUGCCACGUGGUGCUUCUCUGUCGCGGGCGGAGAUUGUAAAAUUGUGUAUGAUCGACACGUGGGGUUGGGAAAUCUGUCGCCAACUUUUUGUGUGAUUGGAGCGCAGGUCGGGUUUCGCGAAUGCUGAGGCUAUGCGCGAAGAUGGGGGUGCGUGCCAGAUUAGCAAGCUCCAUGUGGUUGGCUGCGACGAGAAGUGGGUGUGUGCUUUUUUGCUGUAUUCGAUCAAUUGACGGGGUAUGUGGUCGUAGUCCUCCUCCAUGCUUCCCUCCCCCUCCCUCCCUAUUUAUCUUUCAUGGUUCUCUCUCUUGGGCUUUUCUGCCGUUUGUAUACUGUUUAUUAAGUAAGGGUACGUAUGGUACUCUAAAUUGCGCCUAUAUCGUUUUCGCUCGAUUUCGCUCGAUUUCGCUCGAUUUCGCUCGAUAUCGCUCGAUAUCGCUCGAUAUCGCUCACGAGGUUGCGUCCUCUUGGCGAUCUGCCACCAUAGGAAUAGGUAUAUAGAUAGAUCGCAGAGAAUCUGCAAUGGGAUCGAAGAUGCCUCGCCUCCGCUUUUUCUCUUCUUCAAGGAUAAGUGCAUUGAAUUGGAGGUGCAGUCGAACUGUGAUGGAGCCAUCAUCGAGCAAGAUUAUGUCAACAGACUAAAGCAGCAUUGACGUAGGAUUAAUUAACCAGCUUGGUGUUUGCGUUACCCAAGCGAUGAACUACGGUUGUAGUUUUCGUUUGUCCAGCAGCAGCGAUUGAAGCGACGUGCUCAGCGGUGUGUUCUCUGGGGACAGGUGAAGCUGCGGGGAAUCGAUCCUCCGUCUACCUGGCAGUAUUCCUGCGCUCGAUAUAACACGGAUUGCAUGGGGAGGAUGGCGGUCUUCAGGUGUAUUCCGUGCGGGUCUGCGCGGAGAAGCUCUUUUGCGGAGGAGAAUUUCUUCUUUCAGUAAUCGCGUGUUAAGCAAGCUACUCAUUGCAGGGCCUGGUCGCUUGUGGGUGGCUUUGUUUGCUAUCUGUCAUCGUGUAUGUGGCUGAGGAAUUCUUGCUAUCAUGAUUGAGGAAGACGAAGUCGUGCAAUCGAAGGAGCUACUGGGUUUUCAUUGCAGGGAGUCGACAGACGGGUGUUGUUUUGGCUGUCAUCAUGUGAGCGUCAUAUAAGACAGCUGCAAGGCACGAAUUGACAUACAGUUCAAUCUCUUCUAGACUGUGGUCUCUCUCUCCCUGGCGUAAGGAUGUGAAGCUCACCAAGUCGCGUAUUGACAUCGUCUUCCUAUCUGAUAAUGGUAUUAGCACGGGGCGCUUGGGCUAUUGUUGCUAUAGCUACUUUCGUGCUCUGUAAACUCAAAUGUAUGUAGUUAUUCUUUAUAUAUAUAUGAUAUACAUAUAUAGAAUAGAAAAUAUACGCUGCUGCUGUUUGUUCGUGACGACGAGUGUAUUCUGCGCCGGAACGUUUGAUUGAUUGAUUGAUUGAUUGAAAUGAUGUGAGCAUGUCUCGGUCGAAUUGUCAUUCGUUGAUUGAAUCCUCACUCCAUCAAAAUGACACUCGAUCUCAUCUCGUCGGUAUCUAUUAGUUCGGGGUGGCUUUGUUGGCUUUGGCUGUUGUUCCCCGUCUUCUCUCGACCGCUCUUUUUCCCUGUUUCUGCUCUCUCAUAGAUCUUGCUCUUCUUUUUUGUCUUUCCCUUUUGAUUUAAUUUAUAUCUCAUUGAUCUUGCUCUUCUUUCUUGUCUUUCUCUGUUGAUUUAAUUUAUAUCUCAUUGAUCUUGCUCUUCUUUCUUGUCUUUGCCUUCUUAUUUAAUUUUCAUCUCAUUGAUCUUGCCCUUCUUUCUUGUCUUUCCCUUUUUUUUAUUUAAUUUAAAGUAACGAGAGGGGGAGCCGGCUUCCAGAACAUACGGAAAACUUUGCACACCUCGGCGGGAACGAGAGGUUACCUCGGCGGGAACGAGAGGAGGCAGAUCGUUGGCAGGUGCUAUGAUAACUCGCUCGUCUCAGAGAUCUCUCAGUGAGUGUAUGCAAUUCUCUACCGUACCUGCAGAGUUUUCUGCCAGUAGUUUUUUAUUUCUGCUUCAACGUUGAACAUCAAUCAAGUAGGAAAGUUUGAGAAAGGGAAUGGGAUUCCGAGAUUCUUUUCCGUUUAAUCUUUAUUUAGUUAUAGUUUAUUUAAAAUUGAAGAGGCGGGAACUCGAGAAACUUGGUGGACGUGAAGGUUGUGGUGGUGGUGUUGUAAACGAGGUUUGACGGAACCUCUUGAGUGGGACUGGUGUACGUAUUAGUCUGUCCGCGGUGACGGUAGAACGGUAAACAAACGGAUCAUGAUGAGUAGGUGCCUUUUGAGGGCUUAACGAGUUCAAUCCAUUAGCAGCACCUGGUUAAGAACUUAUGGGCGAGAGCAGGCACAAGCAGAGAAGGCCUCGGUCUUGCUCGGAUCUGGGGGGUUUGAUGGCUUUGAAUGGCUAGUCCGAUAUGCAAAGGGGGGGAAACGAUGAGAGAGAGAGAGAGAGAGAGAGAGAGAGAGAGAGAGGUGUAAGACGUAUAGAAGGGAGCCUUGGGACGGUGUUAAUGCAUCGCAUGGUUCUGCAGUUUACCGGAUGUCGAGCAGUGGCGGCAGGGGUCGUCAGCUGGAGCAGGGGUGUCUCCGAGGAUGGUUCAGGGAAGCAAUGUUAAGAAGGCGAUUUGUGAAUUGAAGGCAGGUCCGUUAACAGAGCGGAUGGGUGAACAUUAGGGACUCUUCUUGGAGUGGGAAAUCAGGUUGGCGGCAGGGUAGAAUGUUUCACUGGGCUUCUUGAUGGGCUUACAGGCGUGUGAGCCUUAUAUUGUGAGUGGAACAUCUCUCUCAUUUCAACUGCACCCGGCUUUGCCGGUACGUCAACGCUGCUUGUUGCUGUGUACUCUCAUUUCAACACGUCAACGCUGCUUGUUGCUGUGUUCCGAUCGGCGCCUUGUAUUUCAAUUUCGAUUUUGCAGGAACUCUGCAACCUUGUAUUUCAAUUCCAAUCUGCCAAUCAUGGUGUUCGACUCUCUUUCUCGAAUGUUGUGUUGAUGUAUGUGUGCGUGCGUGCGUGCCCGCCCCCGCAU